AUAAAUCACAUUUUAUUUUUGCUACCGCAUUUUCGAUGCCUCCGUUUCGUGUCGCCUUUUGGCGGUUUUAACCUUCUUUUUUUUUCGGUUUCGAAGAUUCACUCACUCACUCCUCUCUCUAUUUCUCUAUCUCUCUCUCUCUCCUCUACACUGUGCUGUGCGAGAUUCCAUCUUCAAAACCUAGUUCUUCAUCUUCGCUCGUUACUACUGCUAAGGUAAUCUGAGAUAUGAAAAUUGUGAAUUGGGAAGUCAAGUUAGAGAUCUUUCUGGGGAUUAUUAUAGAGUGAAAUAGAUGAGCUUUUGUUAAGGUGAAGUGGAUGAACACUUGGAUGGCGCCACAUAGGAUCCUUAGACUUGUUUGUGUAGAUGGAAUGAUGGUGCAUUAGUAGGGUUCCUCCUUGUGAUCUUAUGCCGCAGAAAUGCAGUUACAGAAGUGGGUCCUCUGGAUAGAAAAGAUUUAUCUUGGAUUAGUAGCGGAUGUUGUUUAAUCCCAUGUAAUCAGGUGUUGGCCAUGAUGGCCAUAACAAUUACGAUGAUACAAAAUUUGCAUACAUGCUUCCAAACACACUUAUAUGAUUGCCUACAAUAAUUCUUCAUUUUUUGUAUUUCAUUUAAGUUUAUACAAACAGUUUUAUUGUGACUGCUUAUUAUUUCCAAGUUUCUGCCCUACAGUUUGGAUACACGUGUAACAUGUAUUAGGAAUGGAUCAAGGAUAAAACAUAUACACGAGAUAACAUUCAAGAGAAUAUGUGAUGGACCGGGAUGAAUAUUUGCGGAAGUGUUCCAAUAUGAAAUGUCAAAGAGUUCAGGUGGAGGGAUCAUAUGUGCCUUCCCUUCAAGAUGAUGAAAUGGAAGUUGAACAUUUGUUUGAAGAGCCUAGAAAUGAUUAUGUUUCGUUGGAUGGUAGUUUAGCUUCUUAUACAGCUUUGAAUGACAAGGACGAUUUGCAACUUGAGGUCCUUGAUGAUUUCCUGGAUGAUGGAUUCCUGGAUGAUGUUGAAAUCGACAAUUUUGAAGGAACUGAUGGUUUCUCUGAUGCACGUGGAGGGUAUUUCUUAGAUUUUGAUUUUGCCAAAGUUGAGUUACUAGGUUCUGGUGCUAAUGAAGACUCGCCUGUGGAAAACUCAAAUUCGGAAAGUCAAUCUCCUGGAGUUAGUGGAAGUAGCACUGUUGGUGGGAUAUCAGAAUCAACAAAAGUACUACCAAAUAGUACACAAUCUAAAUGCAAAAUUGAAUCUCUAGAUGAGACUGGCCCCCAUGAUACAAAUGGUAUCAUCAGGAACAAUCCAAGUCAACCAUCAAAUGUAGAUUGCAUGUACAACAUUUCACUUGAUAUACAGCAUCUGCAUGAGUUGAAUAACGGUUAUCCUUUAGCUGGUGGUAUAUUGUCUUGUAAGAAGGAAAAUGUUACUGUUGAAAAUUGCCAAUCUGCUCCACCUAGAGAGAAGAGAUUCCGAAAGCCUACACAGAGGUAUAUUGAAGAAUCUUCAACUUUAAAGUCAAAAGAAAAGGUACGAACUACUGGUGCAAAAAAGAAACGACGAAGUGUGUCAUGUAGUGAACUUCAUACCAGAACUAAAAGAUUGGAAAAUAUUCCAAUCGAAAAGUUUAGUGACAAUAUUCCAAUCGAAAAGUUUAGCGAUUCUGAUAGUGAUGUGACACUUUCUGAGUUACAACACUGCAUGAAGUAUCCAAAGAAAGAGAAACUAGACUAUGACUAUGAGUCUUUUUCCUCGGAGGAGUCCUCGGAUGAAGAAUUGACACCAAAAAGAUGUAGAACAAAAGAUCGAAGAAAGAAUCAAAGGAUGUGGACAACCUCUGAAGUGACGAAGUUGAUGGAUGGUAUAUCUGAAUAUGGAGUUGGUCGAUGGACUGAUAUACAGAGGUUUUUGUUUUCUGCUGCAGGCUACCGAACUCCCACAGAUAUCAGGGACAAGUGGCGUAACCUUUUACGAGCCUGUUCAUCACAGAGAUUCAACAAGAAAGAAGAGGGCGAACAAGAUGACGAGAAUUCCCCUCGAACCUUACCUCUUAGUGUGGCAAGCCGAGUGCUGGAAUUGUCUAAAAUUCAUCCAUACCCAAAUCGACGAAACAAAAAGAGAUCAUUUCCUGGCAUUGCUAAUCAAAGCAAUCGUUCAAGAAGAAAUGUACGUAGGAAGAAGUGUACUUAGAAGCAAAACUCCAUGUGUAAAACUAUCCAGUGAAUCCAUAGUCAAAAGAAUCUUGUUGAAAUUUAGGUAUCACAUUUGCACAAUUUUGUACUUUCAAGCAAUUUCUGCUUGUACAUCUACAGAGGCAUAGAAAUUUCAAAUUGUAAACUUGAGGAGUCAUUGGUUAGCCUACAUAUGUUUCCAAUCCUUAAUGCCUAA